AUGUCGAUGGAUCUGGAUGAUGCCCCGGUGCCCAUUGCGGGUGGCCAACAGCCCGUUGCUGCGACUAUCCUGUGUUGCAACUGCGGUGCCCCUAUUGAUGGAACUUCUUCAGCUGGUGCGCUUUGCCAGGACUGUGUCAGAUUGACCGUGGACAUUUCUCAAGGAAUCCCGCGCGAGUCUGUUGUUCACAUUUGCAAAGACUGUGAACGCUGGCUGCAACCACCCACCAGCUGGGUCAGCGCCGCCCCCGAAUCGAAGGAACUACUCGCCCUUUGUUUGCGCAAACUUCGAGGCCUUAACCGAGUCCGAAUUAUCGAUGCAGGAUUUAUCUGGACGGAACCCCACUCGAGACGUAUCAAAGUGAAGAUCACCAUCCAGCAAGAGGCUUUCCAGGGUACCAUCGUGCAGCACUCGUUUGAGGUGGAAUAUGUAGUCGCUACUCAGCAGUGUCCUGAGUGUGCCAAGUCGUACACUCACAACACAUGGCAAGCGUCGGUGCAAGUUCGACAGAAGGUUCCUCACAAGCGGACGUUCCUUUUCCUCGAGCAGCUUAUUCUCAAGAACAACGCCCACCAGAAUACGGUCAACAUCAAGGAAGCUAAGGAUGGAUUGGAUUUUUAUUACUCGCAGCGGAACCAUGCGGAGAAGAUGGUUGAGUUCUUGUCGUCUGUUGCCCCGUGCAAGUCGAAGAAGUCGGAACAACUGAUCUCCAUGGAUGUACACACUUCCAACAAGUCCUACAAGUUCACUUUCUCCGUUGAAUUGGUGCCUAUUUGCAAGGACGACUUGGUGGCUCUCCCGAUCAAAUUGGCGAAGCAAAUGGGUAACAUCUCGCCCUUGACGCUUUGCCACCGUGUGGGCACGGCCGUCAACCUCAUGGAUCCCUGCACUCUUCAAACAGCAGAAGUCCCCACAGGAACCUACUGGCGCUCGCCAUUCAACGCCCUUGCAGACGUGACGGAGUUGGUCGAAUUCAUUAUCAUGGAUAUCGAACCUGUCGGCCGUACAAACGGACGAUACCACCUCGCAGAGGCAACCGUUGCGCGCGCCUCGGAUCUGGGCUCGAACGAUCAAACCUACUUCUGCCGAACCCACCUCGGUGGUAUCUUCCACGUCGGGGACAGCGCGCUGGGAUACCACUUGACCGGGAGCAACUUCAACGAUGCCAACUUUGAAGCCAUCGAGAAUAGCAGCCGAUAUAGCUCCAUGAUCCCCGACGUUGUCCUUGUCAAGAAGCACUACGCCCGCAAGAAGAACAAGAAGACUCGCAACUGGCGUCUCAAGCGUAUGGCCCGCGAGUACGAAGAGGAAGCCCUUGCGCAGAGCAACCAGCCCACGAACCGCAAGCAGGAGCAGGAGCGCGAGAAGCUCGAAGCGGACUAUGAGAUGUUCUUGCAGGAUGUUGAGGAAGACCAGGAAUUGCGGGGAACCCUUGACCUCUACAAGAACAGGAAAGCUGCUCCUGCUGAAGGUGAUGGUAUGGAUGAGGAUGAGAGCGAUGACGAGGCGCCUAAGAUCAACAUGGAUGAGCUGCUCGAUGACUUUGACGAGUUGAAUAUGGACGAUAAAGAAUAA